AUGUCGAAAGAUAAGAAAGAGGAGUUCUCUUGUGAGAUGUUCAGCAAUAAAUUUUUCAUGCUGUGUGCGGCCGGCGGCGCCGUCGCGUGCGGCUCCACUCACACGUUCGUGACGCCUCUAGAUCUUGUCAAAUGUCGCUUGCAAGUCGAUCCCGGGAAGUAUAAAUCCAUAUUCAAAGGUUUUGGAAUAUCGUUCAGAGAAGGGGGCGCCGCGAAUCUCGUUAAGGGCUGGGCGCCCACACUGAUCGGUUAUUCCCUUCAAGGCUCCGCCAAGUUCUCCGGCUAUGAGUACUUCAAGUAUAGAUUCGCAAAUAUGGUCGACGAGGAAUCCGCUUAUUUAUAUAGAACUUAUUUAUACUUGGCCGCGUCUGCAUCUGCUGAACUCGUGGCUGAUGCGUUCUUAGCGCCGUUCGAAGCUACCAAAGUGAGAAUGCAAACCACACCAGGGUACACUUCCCAGAUGAGGAAGGCCAUGCCACACAUGAUGGCGACGGAAGGGUUCGGCGUGUUCUACAAAGGUUUAGUUCCGCUGUGGGGACGACAAGUUCCAUAUACCAUGAUGAAGUUUUCUUCGUUUGAAAAAGUUUUGGAGUACCUUUACACAAACGUUGUGCCGAAGCCGAGAGAGCAGUGUACGAAGGUCGAACAGUUAGUGCUGACGUUCACAGCGGGCUACAUAGCGGGAGUCCUGUGCGCCAUCGUCUCGCAUCCCUCAGACACGAUCGUUUCAAAAUUAAACAAGGAUCCCAGCGCAUCGAUCGGAGGCAUUUUAUCUGAAGUGGGUAUAGUGGGGAUAUGGCGCGGAUUAGUGGCGCGUAUCGUGAUGAUCGGCACUCUGACGGGUCUCCAGUGGUUUGUGUACGACGGCUUCAAGGUGUACACGGGCAUGCCGCGCCCGCCGCCCGCGGAAAUGCCUGCAUCGCUCAGAAAAAAGUUGCAAGGCAAAUGA